UCCUCAAACUAAAGUCAUCACUGCUUUGGGAAACAUUAGUGUAUCGAGCGAGUUUAGGAAGGAAUUACACCGCAUAUGAAAACUUCCUACCACCUAAGAGCAGAACUAUAGUCUAGGCAGCUCUGGGCUGCACAACUGUUUCUCUCAAGAUGGGAUUUAUUCGUGUAAAACUAAUCGAAGUGAAACCUAGCCCAGACUGGGUGAAAGAUGGGAUGUUCGAUCCAUUUUGCGGGGUUCAUAUCAAAGAAGCGGUGAUGACUGCAGGCCAAGGAAUUACCCUUGUGCAGAAAAAGAAGACAAUUUACCCCGAGUGGAAUAAGUGCUUUGAUACUCAUAACUACGAGGGUAGAGUUAUAACAAUCGUGGUUAGAGAGAAACCUGACCAUCUUCUAGCUGAGGUGACGAUAGGAGUUCAGUUUUUGGUAGAUCAAUGCAGACACGAUGGAUUCUCCAGUGUUUGGCUUGAUCUUAUGCCUGGUGGUAAACUCCUUGUACAAGUUCGUCAUUUUGAAGAAGUUCUAGAUGAUCCAAACAAGGAAGGAAAACCUCAUGAAAACCACAGUGGUCUUACUGGGAGAAGGGGUGCCAUGCGUAAGCAGAAGGUGCAUAUCAUGAGAGGACAUCAGAUGGUGGCCCGGUUCUUCAGACAGCCUGUUUUCUGUGCAAUUUGCAGGGACUUUUUAUGGGGCUUUGGCAAGCAAGGAUAUCAAUGCUCAAUAUGUUCCCUAACAUGUCAUAAAAAAUGUCAUGAUAAAAUACUUAGCAAGUGUCCUGGGGCACAGGACCACGAAGAAAGCAAGUUGCUCAAGGAAAGAUUCAAUAUUAAUAUGCCGCACAAAUUUAAAGUCAAUAAUUAUUUAAGUCCAACCUUCUGUGACCAUUGUGGGUCAUUACUCUACGGCCUAUUCAGGCAGGGUCUCAAAUGCGAAGCUUGUAACAUGAACUGUCAUCACAAGUGCCAUAAACAUGUACCAAACCUUUGUGGCAUCAACCAGAAGCUGCUAGCUGAGGCUGUACAAGACGCCAAGGCUGCAAAACAACAGAAAAAGAUCAGCUUAACACAGCAGCAGAUUGCUAAUCUAGCCAUGUCUGAUGGGGAUGCUCAAAUUGAGGAUGAAGAUGAAGAAGACUCGGGGGGAAUCUAUGAAGCGUUAUGGGAUGCUAUCUCUCCACCUGUCCCUAAGAGGACUACCAGCAUGCGCAAAGAAGUGGCCAAGAUUGAGCUGAAGCAGUGGCACAUUGAAGAUUUCUCACUUCUAAAGGUCCUGGGAAAAGGCAGCUUUGGAAAGGUGCUACUCUGUGAACUCAAAGAAACAAAGGAAUUCUUUGCUAUUAAAGCACUGAAGAAGGAUGUAGUUUUAGAAGAUGAUGAUGUUGAAUGCACUAUGGUAGAAAGAAGAGUUCUUGCUCUUGCAACAAGACACCCAUUUCUGACACAUCUUCACUCUGCAUUCCAGUCAGCCGACCAUCUGUUCUUUGUGAUGGAAUACCUAAAUGGUGGUGACUUAAUGUUCCACAUUCAAAACCAAGGAAAGUUUGAUGAAAAGCGGUCAAGGUUUUAUGCUGCUGAGAUUGUUUGUGGAUUACAAUUUCUACAUGAGCUUGGAAUCAUUUAUCGUGAUCUUAAGUUGGACAAUGUACUUCUUGACAAGGAUGGUCACAUAAAACUGGCUGACUUUGGCAUGUGCAAGGAGGGGGUCAAUGAUUCCAAGAAAACCACUACAUUCUGUGGAACCCCUGAUUACAUAGCACCCGAGAUUCUUAAAGGCUGGCGAUAUGACUCUUCUGUUGACUGGUGGUCAUUUGGAGUCUUGCUGUAUGAGAUGCUUAUUGGCCAGUCUCCAUUCGCUGGCGAGGAUGAGGAGGACCUGUUUGAUUCUAUCUGCCGUGACAAAGUGCAUUUCCCCAAGUGGGUGUCCAGUGAUGCAGUUUCCUGCCUGAGAGAGUUGUUUGAGCGCACACCUGCAUGUCGUCUUGGCUACAAGGACGGCUCUAAACCAGACAUCCGCGGAAAGUCCUUCUUUAAGUCAAUCGACUGGAACAAACUAGAAGCCAGACAGAUCCCUCCUCCCUUCAAGCCCAGUAUUAAAAGCGCAAACGACACGAAUAACUUUGAUCCUGACUUCACGAUGGAGGCCGCCAAGUUUACUCCCACCGAUAAGGACCUCCUGCAGUCCAUGGACCAAGGGCAGUUCCGAGGAUUCUCAUUCGUGAACCCGUACUUUGGCACACAGCGCUGAACUUACACUACAGCUAGGAUAGUGAGUAGGCCAGUAAGAUUAGCCUUGAGUCCUGUGUAUAGUCAAUUAGCAUCUGCACGUAUGUAGGCUAACGCUAUACCCACGUCACGUGACUUAAGCCUCGAUGAAACGGAGAUGACAGUUGAUGAGCGUUCUCCACUAUUAAUAGCUAUCACAGGGUCCAAACGGUCUUUGAGAGUUGGUGACAAUGGUUAUACCUUUUCUAAAUAGUUAUUUGACUUCAGGUUUCACCACUGAACCGGAAAUUUCACGUUAAAUUUCAAUUUUUGUGAAACCUGCUGAUCGAAAUACCCUCAUAAACUCUCAUUCACGCCAUCAAACGGCGCCAACUCUCAUGUCGAAUUAGAACAUGUUCAAAGUAAAUGAGGGUUGAUGAGAGUCGAUGAGAGUGUGCGAGAGUGCAUGGUCAAACGGACAUGAGAGCUGGAACUCUCAUCAACUCUCAUCACCGUUUGAUCGAGGCUCUACAGGUAUCUGUAGUGUUCAGCCACAUCUUUAGCGUUGCCGUCGUUGACCGCGUUCCUUCGGGGGAGGGGUGACAAUAGUUUACCCCAAAGAAGAUAGAAAAUAAUUUGACAGUUUUCGGAACGCUUAAUUUUUUAAUUGAGAUUACCAAGAUGUCGCACGCAAACCAAUAUUUUUUCCUAAACGCCUUUCCUAAAUGGUGUCAGUUUUUUCUAGUUGUGUUUUCUCUGAAAGAAUUCGAUUAUAUUGACAAAAAGUUCUUGAUUAGUACUUUGAUCCAAGUACAGCAAGGAAGUGUGCUUCACGAUCUGUUGAACAUUUAUUGAUAUAUAUGUUAUUGUUAUUAUUCUGUCUGCACUAAAUGUAUAUACCGUAUUGACAGAAGGUGACUUAUGUUUCUUUUAUGAUAUUUUUCUGCUGACAUUACGAUAAUAAAAGUGCGACAGUAGUGUCGGUACCUUCAA